AUGGAUGGGGGCAGCAGCCUCAACAUCCUCUACACCGAUACCCUGGACGCGAUGGGCAUCGACCGCGCUCGCCUCCGACCCUCGGGGGCUCCCUUCCAUGGCGUGAUGCCAGGGAAGCAAGCGAUACCACUCGGGCAGAUCGACCUGCCCGCAAAGUUUGGGGAUCCGUCCAACUACCGGAAGGAGACCCUCAUGUUCGAGGUGGUUGGGUUCAAAGGGGCCUACCAUGCCAUCCUGGGGUGGCUGUGUUACUGUGAGGUAGAGAGCUGUGAGCUUGCUUCAGUAGUCAUUGCCUCCGAGGAUCUUGCUGUCAUUAAAGAAGAGACCCCCGAGGAGGCCCCUGACUCUAAGUGGGCCGCUGGAUCUUUUGAGCCCGCGGAGGGCGUCAAGGAGGUCCUCAUCAACCCCCAGGCCUCGGGGGACAAGAAGGUGAGGGUUGGCGUGAAGCUGACUCCCAAAUAG